ACCCCUCAAGAAAAGCCAACCCAACCCCACGCGAACAAGAAGAAGAAGAAGCAAAGCUAACAAACGAAAGCUAAGCAAGAAAGAGCAGAAUAAUAAGGGUGUCUCUCUCUUGGACUGAUUCGUUUCAAUCGCAUCUAUCUAUCUAUCUAUCUCUUCCUCCCAGCCUAUUCUCUCUCUCUCUCUCUCUCUCUUUCUUUACUUUCUCUCUCUCAUCAAUAUAUACUAUUUCUUCUUCAAAGCAUAUAUAGCAUACAAAGCAAAACACAAAGAAGGAAAAAAAGAAAAGAGAAGUAGGUGCAAGGUGAAAUAUAAACAAAAGAGAAAUGAGAAGAAGAGGGGCAUGGAUGGUGGUGUUGCCCUCUCAACAGACAUAAUUUCAUUUCCUUUUGAUUCUCUCUCUCUCUCUCUACAAGUAUCUUUUUUUUUUUUUUUUUUUUUUGGUUGGAGGUAUAAAUUUUGUCAUUGAAGAGUCCGCCUUGUGUUGAGGGAGGUAUCUUUCCUUCUCUUUCAUGCUUCUUAUGUGCUAGCGUUUAUUGUUGGCCCUUCACAUUGCGCUCCUUUAAUAUCAUCUUCUCAAAUCUCUUCAAUCCCUUCAAAUCCUUUGCCUUCCUCCUCAUCGACCAGCUACCCCAUCUUAUUCUUCAUUUCAAUAUUAUCUCUGACCUUGCCCAUACCAUUUGCCUCUUCACCUUCUUCCAAUCUAUCAAGCUUUUAUUCAAUACUGUCACUUUAUAUAUCAUGGCUGUCCAAGCUCAAUACCCUUCAAAUGUUCUCCUUUUAAACAGAAACGGGCAAGAAGGGCAUGAUUAUUCAUUACAGCCUCAACCAGGAGGAUUUCUUGAUCAAUCCCAUAUGUUAUUCAACAAUGGAGUGGGGACUAAUUGCAAUAAUCCGAGGAAGAGAGGAAGAGAAGUUGCGGCAACUAUUGGGGUAUCAUCGUCUUCUCCAAUCAAUCCAAUAUUCUCUUCGCAAUCACAGCCUCCUCAGCUUAUAGACCUUUCUCAGCUCCACAACAAUACCCAUCACCCCAAUGUAGUCUCCACAGGCCUCCGCUUAUCCUUUGGAGACCAACAACAGCAACAACAGUUACAGCAUCAACAACAACAACAACAACAACAACAGCAGCAGCAGCAGCAGCAACAACAGCAACAUCAACAACAUGUUUGUCACUCAUCUCCUUUUCAAUCUGUAAUAACAGAUGACUAUGCAACUCAAAUCAAACAACAGCGUGAUGAACUCGAGCAAUUCCUUCAAGCCCAGGGAGAGCAACUGAGGCGCACAUUAGUGGAGAAAAGGCAGAGGCACUACCGUGCGCUGCUGGGCGCAGCAGAAGAGUCUGUAGCUCGUAAAUUGCGAGAGAAAGAGGCGGAAGUGGAGAAGGCCACGCGCAAGAACGCGGAGUUGGAGGCACGCGCAGCGCAACUUAGCGUCGAGGCGCAGGUUUGGCAAGCUAAGGCUCGGGCCCAGGAGGCCCAGGCUGCGUCUUUACAGGUCCAACUCCAGAGGGCUAUAAUGAGCGGAGGCGCCUCGGCGCAGGAUAGCAGGAGGGUGGAGGAUCAGCUAGGGUGCGCAGUGGGCGUAGAUGGCCAGGCUGAAGAUGCCGAGUCGGCAUACGUAGACCCGGACCGUGUCGUCGUGUCCAGACCGAGUUGUAAAGCGUGUCGGAAACGUGCCGCGUCGGUGGUUCUGUUGCCGUGUCGGCAUCUGUGCCUCUGUACAGAGUGUGACCAAGUGGCUCAAGCUUGCCCACUUUGCCUCAUCAUGAGAAACUCCAGUGUUGAAGUUUACCUUUCUUAGGGCUGAUUCUUUGCUCAAAGCCCAAAUUGUCUAUAGCCCAGGCCCGGUAAGAGGCCCAAUCAGAUGAUUGUCCCUUUUCUUUUUCUUUUUUUGUUUCAUAAAAAAAAAAAUUAUUUAAAAAAAAAAAGGAAAAUCAAAUAAUAUCGAGUAUAAUAAGAAUUACAAUCUCUCCCUUUUUUCUUUUUGUGGUUCCCCCUCUUGGAGUGGAAAUACCUAGAGGUAAUGUACAUGGGCCACAUGGGUAGUGGCAUUGAUUUUGGUUCUUUUUCUUUUAAAUUUUAUUCAAUAUUAUAAAUUCUUUUAUUUGAUAGUCA